GAGAGCUCUUCUUCAUUGCAGAUGAGGCGGCCCUGAAACUUUGUUCAGGGGCCAAGGGCGCAAGCGGGCUCAAGCCAUGCUUGAAAUGCAGCGCUAUCUCCAAGGACCGCAGAGGCUUGCAGGGAUUCCCCUCCAUCUGCGAGCCAGAUCUUGCCCGCUUCGAGCUGCUUACAGAAGCGGAAAUCUUGGCUACGCUUGAUAUCUUGCAGGAGCGCCGCCGUGAAGGCAUGUCAAAAUCCGCAUGGGACAAGCUCCAGACUUUGGCUGGAUGGAACUACUUUGAGCACUUUUGGCUCUUGGACCAAGAAUUGUCUCUUUUCUUCAGCGCCGCAACUGACAAGGCUGGUCUGCGUCGCGAGCACCUGGAGGACUUCCUCACUUCUGGUUGGAAACCUGCCAGUUGCAUCGGCGGAGCCAGUACAACUGCAGCUCUCAAAAACUUGGUUUCGUCGAAGCUGCUGAAGACAGAGUGUGACUAUAGAGGCGAUGCGAACCAGUGCUUGGAACUUUGCAGCCUAUUGGCUUUCUAUGCUGAGCAUGUCUUGUCGCCGGUUUGCCCGGCCAUACAUGCAGAGGUUACAAGCCUCCUUGCACUUACAGACUGUUGCAACCAUAUACUGAAUGCAAAAUAUGGAACUGGUCAUGUUCUUGGGUCAGAAAGCCUGCGCGCACUGACAAAACGUCAUUUGUGUGCCUUCAGUGCAGCCUACAACGCUGACAGCAUCAGGCCAAAACACCAUUUUGCUUUACACCUUCCAGAAAUCUUCAAAGAAUGUGGUGGCGUCUUGGAUGCUUGGGUCACAGAACGAAAGAACAAAGUGUGGAAGAGUUCCGUCGCGCCGCUGAUUAAGCGGCUCCAAGGUUUCGAACAAUCUUGUCUCCUUCGCUUCUUGGAGAUAGAUGUGGAUAAGCUGUCUCAGCUAGGUGUUGGUUCCUCUCUAAUUGGCGCGGCCACUGCGCCAAUUGAGCUGGGGGGUGAAUCCUUCUUUCUUGCACGUGGCACGCGCACUGACCGCGGCCAGAUUGUUUCAGGCAACUUCUUGCUUUUCAGCGAUGAGGUCGCUUGCAAGGUGAUGUGUUGCUUGAAGAAAGAUGCAGAGUUCCACCUCAUGGUUCGCAUGAUGAACGCUCUCAAAAUGGGGCCAGGUCUUCGCUGGAGCAAUUGGCAAAUGUCGCCCCGAUAUGCGCUGAUGGCUGUGGGAAAGGUUUCGCAAACAAUUCGAAUUACUUGGGUGGAUGAGUCCGACAAAGUCUGCCGUUUGAGGUGA